CUUGAAUCUUGAUGGGCACUGCCGCCCUGUGAACUUGUCGAUCAACUGAGUUUCGAUGGUACUUGCUGCUCACAUCAGUUCAUCCCUCAUGGCAGAUGUUCCACUCGUAUCAUUUCAUCUGUACGACCCACAAGGCACCCAGCCAUGCUCGGACUGAGUCGGAGUCGGACAGGCUUCUUGAACCCACCGAGCGCCAUUGCUGAGCGCUUCCUCCUUCCUUCCUUCCCCUCCUUUCUUCUGGGCUUCGACUUUUUCUGCCUCGAGCCUUGAUGGCUUCUUUAAAUUUGACAGUCGAGGACGGUUCGCCUUUGAUUUUUUACGACCCUGCGGGUGCUUGGACCGACUCCCCAAAUGAUGAUUCUCUUCUAUUUAACUACUCUGGCAUGUCUUUGCACACCACCUCUACGGAGGGCGCAACAGCUACGAUAUCUUUUCACGGUACCGGUCUAACCAUUUAUGGUGGACAUAGACCUACUUACGGGACUUAUACUGUAUCUCUGGACGGACAAGGCCUUUCCAAAGGAAAUGCUAGCGAUAUCCAAGCUUCGAGUACACAACUGUUAGCGACUAUCUCUGGUUUACCUGACGGCAAUCAUACCGCCGUUAUCACCAACAUUGGCCCGGCCAUCGAUAUCGAUUAUGCUAUUAUUGAAUGUCAGAUAGGAUCUGGCUCUGAGCUCAUCACGACUGUAUACGAUGAUAGUGACUCCCACAUUUCUUACCUCCCUUCAGACUCUGAUUGGAUAGUCAACAACAAACCCACUUUCAUGAACGGAACCUUACAUUUUACCAACGUUACGGAUGCUAGUGCAUCGAUUUAUUUCGCGGGGGAUGCAGUUGCACUCUAUGGUACCGUCUCACCGGAUCACGCAAACAUUCGAGUUUCGUUAGAUGGGCGGGAGACCACAUUUUCUGGUGGAUCGAAUGGUGUUGUAUCUUCGCUGCACUCCCAGGUUCUUUUGUACUCUUUUAACGGUCUUGGACCAGAGAAUCAUACGCUCACCGUCUCUGCGGACCAGGAACCAAAUACUGGACCGUUUAUCGACAUCGAUGCCAUUAUCGUUUACUCUUCUAACGGAACUAACAGCGACGGUGAGGCUGUCAAUGGGGCCCGUCAGCCUGUUGCAUCGUCUUUGUCAAGCGGUGCCUCUCUACCAGACAGAAAGAGCGUUGGAACUAGGGCAAUUGUUGGCGCGGUUCUUGGUGGCGUGUGUGGAAUGGCGCUCCUUGCAGCCCUUUUUUUCCUUCUGUACCGUCGCAAGCACUUGGCAAGACCCAGGGAUGAUACCGUCUCUCCAAGCACACCGGACCUUCCUAUGCAAAGGCCGGAGAUGUUUGAAACUGCGAGGGACGAUGAUAACACGCCGCUCCGACUUGAGCCUCUUCGCGCCCCUCGUUAUCAAUCACGGCUCUCCAUUGCGCCCAGUUACUACAGUGGUGGCACUGGUGGUUGGGACCACAUGUCGGCAGGUCACACCAGAGCCCCGAGCAUGGCCUCUGUAACGUCCACGACUCCAAUAAUUCGAACAGUACCGACGUUGAAGACGCCUCAACCACCAAACCGGUUUGGUGCCGGAUUGCAAGCCAUUCCCAAGACCUUGAAAAACGCUGUGUGGUCCGCAUUCUUUGGGUUAUUCUUCAGGAAAUUCUUUUGGGACUUUGUUGGAGGCAUUAUCAGGGAUCCAGGAGGAGUCCAGCCUGCACCGGGUGCUGCAGUAUUCAUCAGUCUCAUUGUCAAGGCGCCGGUCAUUCAGAUUUUCACCAUGAUUAUUGGUGCUUUCUUGAUAGUCGUGGAAUUCCCGCUCCCGCAGUUCAAGGCUCUGGCUAUCUAUCGGAGCUUCGUCUUCAGGAUCGUCUUGUUGCUGUUCCAGUCCUUCUUGACGGUCCUGUUCUAUCAGGGCACAAAUGCUAGCUUAUGGUCUCUCAUAGCUGUGUUUUGUUAUACUCGUGCUCAAAUGCUUGGAGAGCAAAUGGAAGAAGCGAAGCAGAAUAGAGGAAAGGGUGGAGUGGCCUGAUUAUUCGCUACCAUCGUCUCCGGUUCAUUGGGCAGGAGGAGGGGCCUACUGGUUGGGCAUUCUGCUGCCGUUUAGUUAGACAAAUUACUCUCCCCAUCUUUACCUAUAUCCGUUUUUCCCUUGUUUGUACUUUGUAAGGUGUUGCAAUGGAUUUGGAUAUCCAUAGCGUGAUCAACAGGCCCUUUC